AACGAAACUCCUUUUAUAUUUACUAAAUAAAAUAAGAAAAAUAAAAUAGGAAUAAAAUGGAUUCUCAGAACUAUCCCUCCAUUUUUUAACACCUACCAUUCUUCUUCAAUCUUACAUUCCCUUAUAAGAAUUAGGGUUAGAGUUCUUAAUUUUGUUCUUCUCUUCAGCAAUGCAUGCAUUAAAAGAGAAAGUUGCUGACAAACUCUCUCGUAUUCUAGCUGAUUCUCCUUCUUCUCCUUCCCAUUUCUCUGAUGAUUCUCCUGUUUCCACUCCUAAAUCUGAGGGCUCAUUGUUAUCUAAGAAGGAGAGAUAUGGUUCUGAGAGAUCAUUAUCAGCGUAUCUGUUAUCCUUUAUACCAUCUUCAAGUUCUAAUGGGAACAAGGCAAACAAACGUCGGCAGGAUUUAAAGCCUAGCCGAUCACUUUCAAGUCGAUGGAGAAGCAAAAGUUUUACAUGGAGAGAUAAACCCCUUGAGUUUAUAACAGAAAAAGAACCCGAGUGUCCGAGAAAUGAAGCAUCGGAGAGUUGUAACAAGGUUGAAGAAGAUCAUCAUGCCUUGAGGAACAUUAAUGUUUCAAACAAAUGUGAAGAAACGAGUACCUCACAAAUUUCUGUAAAUUGUUUUCCCAAUCUUUCUGACGAGUCCUCAUUUAUAUCCUCGGAUCUUCAAGAGUUUCUGCAUUCAACUCUUCCUAAUAUUGUGAAAGGGUGCCAAUGGGUGUUGUUGUAUAGUACGUUAAAACAUGGCAUAUCACUUCGCACGCUUCUUCGUAAGAGUGGCGAACUUCCUGGUCCUUGCUUACUUAUUGUUGGAGAUAUGCAAGGUGCUGUAUUUGGUGGGCUGUUAGAGUGCCCUUUAAAACCUACUGCAAAAAGAAAAUAUCAAGGAACUAACCAGACAUUUGUGUUCACUACUAUAUACGGUCAACCACGGCUCUUCAGAGCAACUGGUGCAAACCGGUUUUACUACAUCUGUUUGAAUGACUUGCUGGGAAUUGGUGGAGGUGGCAACUUUGCAUUAUGCUUGGACGGAGACUUGUUACGUGGGACAAGUGGUCCAUGUGAGACCUUCGGGAACUUAUGCUUGGCAAACAGUCCUGAAUUUGAACUGAAGAAUGUGGAGCUGUGGGGAUUCCGGCAUUCUUCGAAGUACCUGAAUUAACCAGCUUUGGUGGCAGGGGCAGUAAAGCAUCGGAGACACUAUUGCCUUCCAGUUCUUCCCUUGGCAAUAAUGUCAUUCUUUAUUCUUUCUUAUUUGUAUUCCUAUGUUAAGGGUGCUUCCCUUAUUCGAUUGCCCUAGUAAAAAUAUACCAUACUCAAAAAUUUGGAACAAGUAUGAAAAUGAAUUUAGCCAAAUGCAGUUGAAGAUUAUUGUUAUAUUUGAUGGAGUGACCAUUGGUA